UGGGUGGUCGACCAUGUUUGUUGCGUAUGUGUCUUGUCGUUUGAUUGAUAUUGCCUGGCGAAGUGGUUACCUGAAAGUAUUCAAAGUUUUAGGCAUUUAUUGAUUCGUUAGAAAUUAUUCGGAGAAAAAUACAGUUCUACCUUAUGCGACGAAAAGUUAUCAUGCUUCUCCCAAGUUCAAAAUGUCUAUUUCGGAAGGGACGAUGCUACGGAACGGCAAGUGUAAUUGAAAAUAACACUGCUUUCGAAAAAUGAAGUCGACCGUGUGCUCAGCUACGUCGAACUCGUACGCUCUUUUUGAAAAUGAUUCAUGUGACAAAUCAUGAAUCUGCGGACAAAGAGAUUUGGCCUUUGCUGUCGUUUCGUUUUUGUCUUUUUUUUCUCUGUCUUUCUCUCUCUCGUGACAGUACAGAUGAGUCAGGAUGAGUCCGUUUCGUGACGACAGACGACGACCAGGUCGCUCCGGUCAUCGUCGGCCUCUGAUGAUGAAAAGUGAUGGAUUGACAAGGCACCAGUCGAUGACGUCAUGGGUCAUCACGCGAGAGACAGCUCAUCAUCGUCCCACAGUGACCGGGUUCCGGCGCAUCCUGUUGGUGAACCUUGGUCCUGCCUGAGGUGCAAAGAGUGUCUGGUGAAUAGACUUGAGAAUGUAUACUUUGAUGAGGCUGUUUGAAAAUGUUCACUGAUUUUGCUUUUGGAGUAUAUCAUCAAUUUAUGACUGAAUAAUGAAUAGAAAGUGAGUAACAAAAAUCAUUGCGAACGAACUUGAUAAUGUACUUUUACUAUGCUUGGGAAUGUGUCAUUGAAGUAUACUUAGCGACUGAAAGAUUCUCAGGCAUAUUAUAGUGACUAUUCUUAGAAUAUACAGUGAAUGGCUUUAGAAGUGCUCAACGAACUCUUAGAUUGCGUAAUUGAAAAUGAAUAGCGGUUGUAUUUGAGAUCCUUGGUCGAUAUUUAAAAAAGGAACAAACUUCUUGUGCAGUUAAUGACCUUGAAAAUACAUAUCUACGCCAAAGUUAAAUUAAUGUAAAAUGUUAAAUGGUUGUGCAUAACGUACACGAAGCAUUGAGUGCGCAUAUUUUUGUCUGCGUAAGGUACACGCAGGUAAUGUGUAGGCGUACCUUUGCUGUAACCGGACAUACUUCUCGAUCGUAGCGAAUUUUCGUUAUUUAAGGUCUUAUAUUCGAGAAUCCAGUGAAGUUUGCAAAUCUUGUAAAAGCGCGGAUGUUCCUUUGUGACAAAAACGGCGAUACUAGCUGACGGGUGCUCGUGUGUUAUUUGCGUGCGAGCAGACAAGCACUGUUAAAAUUGUAACUUCAUCAAUAAGGUGUGACUGCCACGAAUGACAUCAAGCACAGUCACUCACAGUUGUAAACUGGUGAUUCUCCAAGCAACUGAGUAGGACUUUAAACCGGUUAGCAUCAGGAAAAACGAGAGACACGGUCCCGGAAGGAACUUAGUAGGCAACGCCUUUCGCCUGUAAGGCCUACAACUACAUUUGAGGUUCAGUCCAGCUGUGGCGAGACUUCGCAGCCAUGACGUCGCUUAGCACUGCCUUACUCACCCUUCUAGCUUUAAUACACGUGAGCGUGGCUCAGGGGCCAUCUCUCCAACUGUUGCCUGCGAGCAUCCUCAAAGCCCUCAACGACGAUGUGUACGUGUCCUGUACGGCCAACGUGGACGACCCGGAUCUGGUCACCGAGAUGAAGUGGGUCGGGCCCAAUGGCCAGGCCAUCCCCAACGACGACAACACGAUCAUAACCAUGGAAGGCAUUGGAGGUCCAGGAAAACUGGAUUUGAUGAUCAAUAAACUCCAGGAAAAAGAUACUGGUAUCUACAACUGUACUGCCAUUUAUGCUGGCAACCAGAAGUUGAGUGCAGAACUAAUGGUGGAAGCUUUUCUGGACAUUGAUUUCGGUGACACACCAGGUCAUCAGACGCCUUUUAUUGGCACCGAAAGCAAAAUUCGUUGCACUCCAGUUGCUAAACCAGCUCCAAGAGUUGACUGGCUAAAGGACAGCAUUCCUCUAAGAAAUGAUGACAACCACAUAAUUCAGCAAGAUGGUGUACUAAUUAAAAAGGUUACUGAAGCUGAUGAAGGUAUUUAUAGAUGCCGAGCCCGUGUACCUGAAAUUGGGUCUAUUGAUUACAGAGACAUUCAGGUUGAAGUCUAUGUACCUCCUCAAAUUAACAUUGCCCCUGAAAAUGUAACAGGGGUAGAGAAAGAAACUGUAACAUUUAAGUGUGGUGCUAAUGGUAAACCUCAGCCAGUUUACUCAUGGGUCAACAAAGAUAAUGAGCCUCUAGAAGACCGAGAAGGUUAUUUUGUUGACCCUGAGAAAGGAGUUCUAACCAUCAUGGAACUGAAACCUGAACUUGGAGGAACAUACAGGUGUACCGCAAAGAAUCCAGCUGGUGAGGACACUGCAAAGGCUAAUCUGCUGGUUCUUACAAAGCCAAAGGUGGAAACAUUCCUUAAUAUCACCCAAGCUGUAGACCUUAAUGCAGAGAUGAGAUGUGUUGCCACUGGCAGUCCACUUCCCAAGAUUAUAUUUAAGAAGGAAAGCAAUGAAGAUUCAUUCCAAGAUGGCAUUAAUGUUGAUGAUAGAAUUGAAAUUGAACAAGCUGAAGAUGAGGAGGGACGAAGAGUGGGCAUCUUGAAGAUCAGAGGUGUUCAUCGCAGUGAUGAUGGUUUAUAUACCUGCACAGCUAAGUCAGAAGGGGGUACUACUCAAGUUUGGGGACACAUCACAGUGGAAUUCCCUCCUACUUUUGAAGAAGAAGUGAAGACUGAAGAGUGGACUUGGGAACAAGCACCAGUCAACCUCACUUGUCUUGCAACUGCUAUUCCAAAUGCAACAAUUCAGUGGUAUUUCCGUAAUGUAGAGAUUAGUGCUCUUGAUGAGAACCUGAAGAUUUUGAGCUACGGUCCCCUUGGAGUUCUCAAUAUCAAUCCUAGCCAAAGCUACUAUGGGACGUACACCUGUGAAGCAACAAAUAAGCUUGGAAGAGCUGAACAUAACUUGGAGCUUAGAGAAGCACACGUUCCAGGACCUGUUUCAGGAGCCGAGAUUUUGAAAAAGUCUGCAACUACAAUCACAUGGAACAUACUUGAUCCAGCAAGCAAUGGUGGCUUACCAAUUCAGAGCUACAUUGUUGAGUACUGGCUCCGUAACAGUGGAAUUGAAACUGCAAAAACAAAAAUCUGGACAAAAGGUUCCACUUACACCCUUGAAAGCCUCCAACCUCUAGAAACUUACAUUUUCCGUUUUGCUGCCAAGAACGAAGCUGGACGUGGUGAAUGGAGUGGUGAUAAGGUUGAGGAGAUGCCCAAACGUGCUGCCCCUGAGGAACCAUGGAUAUAUAACUCAGAUUCUCUUGUGGUUGAAAACCCCUACAAAGAUGAAUAUAAACUUCAGUGGAGUGUACCUUUGGACAAUGGCGAACCCAUUGAUCACUUCUCUAUAUUGUAUUUCCAGGUUCAUAAUACUUCUGGGAAGUGGAUAAAUGUCGGUGAAAAGUUGAGUGAUAAGUCAAAAUACCCAGGGCCCACAGAGUUCACCAUUAAGGACCUUGAUCCUGAUACCCAUUACAAGAUUGAGCUUCGAGCUCACAAUGAAAUAGGUUACUCAACUCCAGCUGAAAUCGUAAUCAAGACAGCACAUGAUCCAUCGUCGAUGUCAGGUACCGGGGGGAAGACGACGUACAGUAGCGUUGCCCCCUCCACCACUACCCCCGCCCACGACCCAGUUGGCCCUCAACCAUCCACUGGUGGAGUUGGAACAGGACUCAUUGUCGGCAUCAUUGUCAUCGUUGUACUCAUUGUUAUUGUGGUUGCUGAUGUGAUAUGCUAUUGUACCAAGAAUGCUGGUUUGACUGCAGCCAUUGUGGGUAAGAGAGGAUCUAAGGACAAAGACAAAGAAGCCAUGCUUGAAGACGGAAAGAAUGCAAGUGCUGAUACCCUCAACGAAGAGUCCAAGGAUGAAACCAAACCUCUUGAUGAAAAACCACUCCCUGAGAAGGAAGUCCCCAAAGACCUCGAGAAAAAAGUUGAUAUUAUUUCUGAGAAGGAGACUGAUGAGAAACACGAGGGAAAUGGUGAGAUGAAACCUGUAAAAGAAGAAGAUGCCAAACCAGUCCAGCAGGAAAGUGAUGAGAAGGCCAAGGAGGUGACUGAACCCACUGAAACCACACCUAUGAUUCAAGGAAGUCUACAUGUCAACAAUUCACCAGUAAAUUCAAAAUUCAUAAAUGUACAUCAUGGAAAGAUUUGGGCUCAAAUGCAGAAACAAAGUCUGCAAACACAGACGCCUACUACUAGAAUUCGAAGAACGCCCCAUCAUUUGGUUGACAACUAUCGAAGGUCCUACUCAGAAAGUCAUUAUUUAGAAGAUAUACCAAAUUCUUUUGAAGAAACAAGUAAUGAUUUGAAAAACACAUCUACAAAAAUGGACAGCAAUUUUUCAGGAAGUUUUAAAAAUGCAUAUGAGGAAAUAGGGUAUGGGCAAGAUGGACAUCCACUUAGUUGGAAGUUAGCCAUGGAGAAUCCAGUAUUUAAUGCAAGUAGUCGCCUACAAAGUAGUAAAAGCACGCCAGCUUUGGAUUAUGACUCUGACUCAUCAGUUGAUUCAACAUAUGAUGUUCCUUUUAAGGUUAAAGUUCCAAUAAGGUAUUCAUAUACACCAGAACCAUCUGUACUUUGUAGGAACAGACAAGUAAAACCACCACUUCCUGUAAGAAAUCCUGAAACAAAGCUAACUUGUAGUCAUGAAAACCUUCUCAGCAAUGGCAAGAAUAGAUAUAUGCCAUCCUUUACUGGGAGUCAGUGUUCACUUAAAGCUUCUUUAUAUGAAGAAGUGAAGGACCCAGAGGAUAGUGAAUUUGAAGUUAUGGAUAGUAGGUCCAAAAUAAGAUAUGUUAUGUCCAGCAAGGAAGCUUUAGAUAGAUUGUCAGUAGAUGCACUAGGACUGGGAACCAGUAGAGAAUCAAUUUCUCAUAAUCACUUGAAAUCUCCAUCUAAUGCUAGUAUGGAAAAUUUUGUUGCCAAAUUCAUUCCUCAGUCAACAUAUCAACCACCCAGCCAGAACUCAUAUACCACGUUUUAUCAGCCUAAUGAUGCUCCAUUUUAUUUGAAAAAACCAAAAGUAGCAUUUGGGAUUGCUGAAUAUGAUAAACAAAUGAAAGCACAACCUACAAUCGCAAAUAAAGUAGUUGAGAUACCCACUAAGAAGCCACGACAGUUUGAAACUCAGGAUGGAGAGUUUUCCUCUCCAUUAGUGAAAAUAUCUAAUCAGAAAAGUAUAGUAAUAUCUCAACCAAGAAAGCCAAAAGUUCCACCACCACCAGUUCCAGCUUUCAAGAAACCAUCAACUCCUGUUUCUGAGAAAAGUAACCAUAAAACAGUUACCACAUUGUAUUUUGUUGAGCGUCCUAAGUAUCCAAAUCUAAGUCAGAGUGUAGACAGACUAGAUGAUGGAUUUUAUUCACCACCAGAAGAAAGCUCAUCACCUUUGUAUGUGCAGUCUUCAAUGUCUUCUGCAAGAUCACUGGGUAGUCUUUUGUCGUCGGAAAGAAGUCAGCGAUCAUACAACCAACCAACCCUGAUUUAGUGUUGCAUGCUAACUUGCUUAUAAUUAGAAUAGCCUUGCAAAAUUGAUGCUAAACUUCAGUGAAAAAGAUGACAAGGAAGCUAUCUUGAAGGAAGAACAGAAAGAGGAGGAACUGAAGAAAAGUGAAUCUAAGGGAAGUGUGACAAAGGAUUCACCAGUGUAGAUCUUCAUCUUAAAACUAGUCUUUUAAUAUUUAAAUUCUUGAAUAACACAGGCUAGUUCAGGCCUCAUUUAUUCUCAGUGAAUGUGUCGCAGGAAUGAAACUCAUUUUAAGUGUUUUUACAAACAAGUUAAAAGUUGUGAUCCGCAGAAUUUUUAAGGAAAUAGAAAUAUGCCUUGUCUGAGGAGUUUGACAAACCAAAACCAGGGUUUUUUAGACUUAGAAAAUGGAUUUACAUUUAGUUAUAUGAUAAACACAACCUUUUUGAUAUUUCUUUCUCUUUAGAACUUUUAGCAGAGGUAUGAGACAUUCUUAAAAAUUUGUAAUGGACCUAUCAGACAAAGGAAACAAGCAGUGAAGUAAAUAUUAAACUCUACUGUCAGAUUGUGAGUAAUGUUCGUUACAUCUGUUAACUGUAGGGCGUUAUACCACUGUCCCCCGGAAUGUCCAUUGGUAUGAAAAAUAGUUUUAUACCCAGAGCAUUUUUGGGAAGGUCUUGAAAGUAGUGCAGGACUGUGCAAAGUAUUUAAGCUCACUUUUGUGUGAGUUGUAUACAGUAUAUUUUACAGUUUACCAUUUGUUGCAGUGGUGACAGUUGAAGAUUCUCAAGGUUAGAUAUAAUUUUUUUAUUGAAAAUUGAAAGCUGCAUUUCGAAGAGACUUAAUUUUAUCUCAUUUUAUGGGGAUAUGCUGUCACAGAAUAUUUAAAGUACUAGUACCUUUGAUGAGUUUAUAUUUUAUUACUUCAAGUGAGAUAUGUGUGCAUGGAGAAUUUUGCCAUCUUUGCUGUGCUGAUUGUAGCCUUAUGAAGUAAAGGAUGAAAGUCAGUGUUCACAAAAUAAUUGCUAUUAUUCAAUAUCUGAUCCAUAUAUGUGAAAACAGUAUGUGCACUUGGUAUUGCCUUUAAUGUAUGUGUAAAAUCUCUCCUUAUUGAUUUUUUUACAGUCCAAGAAAAAACAUGCAGAAAUUGAUUAAAUUUUUUUUGAAGACUGAAGUGUAUGUUAUACAUAGCACUGCAGAUUUUUAUUAACUAGGCCUAGUCAUGUAGCUUAGCCAAGUUAUAAGAAAUGUGUGAUAACUGUUUGGCUCCUGAGCUAAACUCUUGUACACUCAGAUAAUUUUUUAGUGCAAGCAAAGUUUUGUAAAUGAUGUACUUGGCUGAUUUUUAGUACUACUAAUUUCCAAAAAAUCUAUUGUAAGAGUUCCAAUACUGUAGUACUUUAUUUUGUGCAUACUGCAUUAGCAGUUGCAGUUUUAGGAGCUAUGUAAAUUGUGUAAGAACUCAAAUUCUGUAACAAUUGUGAUGGACCAAAAUACAAUAUUUUUAAGUAUUGUAAUUGAAUUAAACUGCACUUAAGUAAGAGUAAUUAUUUUCACAGUGAUUAUAAUUAAUUGUACAAACAUAGUUCCAAGCUCUACUUAUUACUGAGCUUGCCAAGAUUUUGUUCACUAGUUUCUCAUGGUGUCUUAGCAUCCUGGGUCUUUAAUGAUUGAAACUGUUUGCUCCACAUCAUUCCAUGUAUUUUGAAGUCAUAUAGAGGUAUCCAACAUUUCCAUGAAGAUAGUGACUUACAUAUAUGCUCUGCAGGCUCAUAAGUCUUACCUUGCAGUGUGUAUUAUAUGACAGGAAAAACUAAUGUGAUGUUUUGAGAGGGGUUCGAAAGUUACAAAAGUAGCUCUGUCAGCUCGGUAUGCUGAUGCAAUUUGACACUUACAAAUAACAAGAUAUAGAACUAAUUGUGUUAGCCUGUUAUGUUGACACACAGUUUGAUGCUGUUAACGCGUCGUGUAUUUUCUUUAGCUAAGUAUUGGGUUAGAAGUUGUAUCAAAUACAACCAAACUCUUAGUGACAAGAUCAUGAUCAUAAAUUCUGAAAUGACACUUCAGUUCAUAACGUAGUUUGAUGCUAGUUGUCUGGUUUACUGAGGCAUAAAAUUGUUAAUGCAUGAAAAAUAUUUUUUCCCCUUUUUGUUGUCAUUAAUCCUCAUAGGGAAUUGUACGUAAGUGGUCAAAUUUGAGAAUUUUAAAGUACUUACCUAUGCUCAAGUGCCAUUUAAGAAUUUAAUUGCUAUAUGGCUCAUCAGUAUAUUGCAUAAGACAACACUGGGCUGAUUUUGAGAGAGUAGACAUGGCUGUUUGAUACUGAAAGAGGCAGACCUAGGCCACAGUCACAGCUUUCUUUCGUAUGAGGUUGUAAAUAUAUUAGUACAGUAUAAACAUUUAACAUCAUCCUAUUUGAGAGAGUUUUGGCUGUGCCAAUUUAAAUUAAUUUAAGUCAAAUAAUAAAUACAUUUUGAGUAUGCUGGCAGUUCAAUUUCUCUUUUCAUAAAGUUAAUCUUAUAUCUUUCAGUAACCCACCUACUUACAACUACUUUCUCCAAUAAAAAGAAAAUCAUGAUAUAGUCAAAUUAGGAAUAAAAACUUUGAGGAGUUUUUGUAUUAGUAAAUCCUGAAUGCUAGAGACUGUUCACUUAUCUUCAUCUACAGAACUAAGAAAAUAAGGCUUUUUCUAAUUUGUAGUCCCUUAGAUUUACUGCUGAAGUAGGGAUUUUUUAUAACGAGAUGAUAGUAAAGCAUUUAAUUUUCAGUACGGACGGCCACAUCUCUCUCUCUACCCAUGUGUAAUAUAAGGUCAGCUUUUUUUAUUGUGAUUAUGUAUGACUAAGCUUGUCUGUACUCCCGUGUGGUGAAAAAAAUGUCUGCCAUUU